CGGGCUGAGGCCACUACAAGAUCUUAGAAUGGACUAAGUUAUUGUUGACAUUGGCCAUGUGCAUUUGUUUACUUCCGUCCGCGCAUGCGCAGUAGUGUUCAGCGCCAUUUUCAACUUUCAAAUAUUUGAAGUGCAUAUAUUCCCAAAUGUUUCUCUAUUUUCUACACAUGAUCAAAGAUUAAUCCGUACAAGGAAUAGCAGACAGCUGGUGUGUAGGCUUAUGAGAGGGAAUUGAAGUGAAGUGAGAUUGCUACCAUGGCAACAGAGGAUGAAAAUAUCACCAUGGCAACAGACUCUGAGAUUUGUCAGCUGAAGAAAGACCUUGCUGCAGAAAAGGAAAAUGUUAGACUUGCAGCUGAAAUAGGAAACACAUUGCUGGCACAGAAUGCUGAAUUGACCAAACAACUUGAGGAGACACAAGAAAAAUACACAGCACAGAUUGAGGAGUUAGAACAGCAAAAGUUCUCCCGAGAGAGACAACAUGAAGUUCAGGUACAGAUGCAAGCAUCUAUGGUAGAAGAGAUUGAACAACUGAGGUCAUCAUAUAAGAAACAGAAGGAAGAGAAAGCUAAUAUGGAAAAUGACCAUAGAGCAAAUACAGCACAAUUGGAGUCAAAGCUGAACAUGCUACAAGGAGAGAUAGACAAGCUGCAAUACAAUGAGAAACAACUAAAGCAAAAGAUCCGCCAGCUAGAAGACAACAUCAAGGAGCUACUGGAACAGAAGGAACACACUGUCAUAGAGGCUCUCAAUGAAACAUGCUCGGAUGAACUCGCUGCCCUCUAUUGUGAACUCAGUCAACUUAAAUCUGAAAAGAUGAGUCUAAGUAGUGAAACGAAAGAGCUGAUGGGGAUGGUGGAACAAAUAAAGGCAAGGCUAAUGGAGAAGGAGGCAGAGGUGGAAGAACACAAGUGUCAGGUCACAUCGUAUUAUAAUAGUCUAGAGAAAUGUCGUGAAGAGAAGCAAGAACUACAAGUUGAGUUACAACAAGCUCAGAUGGAUGCAGCCAACCAUAAAAGUAAAGGCAAUUCACUGUUCUCAGAGGUUGAAGACAGGAGAGUUGUUGCAGAGAAGCAGCUGAUCUCUAUGAGGGUGAAAUAUGAUGCCUUGAAAAAUGAACAGAGAAUGACUAAGCAACAUCUACACCAGGUGAAGCUGCAAAUGGCAGUAUUGUUACGUAUGUCCAGCGGGACUGAUGCAGACCGUUCUAACAGUGAAAGAUUACGCCAGCAGCUAUCGCAAGCUAGGGCUGAGGUGGAGGCCUUAACUCACAAGGUCAACUGUCUCGAGAAGAGAGAGAGAACGGAAGCAGAUUACAUGGCUGAUUUUCACAAUGCAUUUGGUGGCAAUAAUGAGAAAGACAAGAACCAUGUGCAGUAUCUCAGGGCUUUGCUGAAGCGAAAAGAUGAAGAAAUAGAGAAGAUAGAAUGCGAGUUGAGAACCAAGCGUAUGGUGUGCCUUGCUGAAAGUGACAAUGUUUUGAUGCUGCAGAGAAAGUUAUUUGAUGCUGAGAAAAGUGUUGAGAAACUAUCAGGUCAUAAUAUGAAACUAGGGUUGAAGUUAGAGGAGUAUAAGCUCAAGUAUGAGCCAGAAUCUGUGAAAGAAAGAGAACUGCAUGAGAAGGGUAAUUUAACAGAUAGAUGGAUUGAGAAGAUUCCAGUCUCAAAGAAAAUGAAUGAUGAGAAUAAUGAAGGAGAAACUAUUAACAAAAACAAUGAUGAUAACAUCAAAGACCCUAACCAAGUUGAUGAUAAUACUGAUAAAAAUACUGAUGAAAGUGGUGUUGAACAAAUUAAUACAGAAAAUGAUCCUAACGGUGGAAGCAGUAAUACGAAAACCAGCUCAAAGAGACAUAUGGGACCAGUGGACCAACCUAUGACAUUUAAAUCAAUCAAAACGAAAAAGGUUACAAUGAGUGACAAUGUCAGCAUAAUGCCAGGUGAUGACACAGGUGCUGACGACUCUUUGGAAAUUAGUAAAGACUUACUUGAAAAGGCAGCAAAGUUAGGGGAGAGGAAUCGUGAAACUGACGAAGGAAAGAGUACGAGACGAGUGAGGGGUAAACAACAACAUCGGAAAGUCAUCCGAGAAAAAGACAUGGAGACAGACAUUGGUGAUGGGUGCAAAACACAAUAGAUUAGUUAUAAGAAUCAACUGGAAACUGCAUCUAUGGAACAAUUUGAAAGCUCUGUGCAUCCAUUUCAAGACUUGGAAUAUGUACUUACUUUCAAUAUCAUGAUAUAAUCUAUAUAAAUAUGAAUGAAUUGGUAAGGUAAAAACUAACAUUACAAACAGGCCUAUAAGUUUAUAACAUAUAUCUUUAUAUAUACUAUCGUAUUUAUAUUGUAUAAAACAUCAUUUGAGGUGCUUGUUUUAAUGUUACCCCUCCAAAGGUGAACAGGUAAAGUUGUAUACUGUACCUCCUUCAUGUCCUUUGUCAAUAUUUAAAUCAAGUUGUUUCUACAAAAGUAGGCAGUGUAUAUUGUCUACCUCAGAAUGAGAUACAAAAUACAAUAUAAUAUGUCAGUAUUUACAUGUACUGCAGCUACAGUAGAUUUACUUUACAGUACUUGCCAAAACUGCUGAGUUAUAAAAUCUAUACAUUUUCUGCCAAACUGCUCAAUGGAUUGAAUGGAAAUUUUCAGGUUUGUUUCUUGGUAUGGAAAUCUAGAACUGAUUAUUUUGCCAUAUAAUGCCGAAUAAGAAUGUUCAUUGCUGAUCUUUUUU